GGCGGAACGUCACAGUUCUUUAAGCUCUUGAGUGACGAUGGCCGAGUCUGCCGCGGCUCCACGACAUCGGUUCUUCUGUCAUUGCUGUAAAUGUGAAAUCGACCCCAAGUUACCGGAGUAUGUAUGUCCCAGAUGUGAAUCUGGCUUCAUUGAAGAAGUACCAGAGAACUCCAGUCUUCUACAGAGUGGUGAUGUAACUGGUGAUGCAGAUGUAGCCAGCGAUGACAUGGCCUCACAGUUUGCAGAGCUGUGGCAGCUGCUCUUCAUGGAGCAUUCAGCCCUCCUCUCUGACCCCACAGUCACAGACACGCUCCACAGCCGCUCUGGGGUGGAAGCAGCAGUUGGUGAUCCUGCCUCUGGGACUGUGAGACCUGUAGCUUCCGCGGAGACAGUUUCAGAGUGCACAGAGCCUGCACACCUCCUUCAACAAAACAACCAGCAGCAAAACACUAGACUGGAUCAGGGACAGGCUGUGGAGGGGAUUGUUCAGCAGUUCCUGGCUGGUCUGUUUUCCAGUUCUGACAGUACCGGACCCGAAACAUCCUCAUGGUCUAACGUUUUACAUUCUAACCCUGGAGAUUAUGCUUGGGGACAAGGAGGUUUAGAUGUGGUCAUUACACAGCUGCUUGGUCAGUCUGAAUAUACUGGUCCCCCUCCUGCUGAGAAAAAGAUGAUCUCAUCUCUCCCUACCGUUAGCAUCUCAUCAGAACAGGCUGCAUGCCGACUGGAAUGCCCUGUGUGUAGAGAGGAGUACACUGUAGGGGAAUCUGUCCGACAGCUGCCCUGUCUGCACUGUUUUCACAGCAACUGCAUUGUGCCCUGGCUACAACUGCACGACACCUGUCCUGUCUGUCGGAAAAGUCUGAAUGGUGAAGACUAUAGUUUCCAGCCACAGCCAGCAACUCCAGAGCCUAUCCCGUCACCACCGUCAGUAGAAGAGCGUAGCACCUUUGAGACUCUUUAGCCACAUGUCAUGCCUCUUUCAUUCAACUGAUCAAUUCAGGACUGAGAGAGAGAAUCAAAGAUGUCCUGGAAUGUGCCUUUUAUUUCAAAAUACAUUUUAACUGAGACAGACAAACCUCUUUGUGUUUAAUUAUAUCGUAGUCAUUAUAAAACUGUGAGAAAGCUUUUUCUUUUUUUUAGAUCAGCCUUUGUAUUUGCAAGGUUUUUGUGAAGAACAACUGUACCCUCAAAUCAGAGGCUUUCAACUCUGUCCCCAGUGACUUUUCUGUUUAAAGGGAUAGUUCUAACUACUCCAACCAUAACUAAUGCACAACCACCACAGCUAUCAGCCAACAUUAAAUUAAUUUAAUCAAUUUGCAUAGUUCCAGGUUGGAACAAACACAAUUUCUUAGAAGUCCCCUAGGACUGGAUGUAAAAACCAUUAAGUUGUUAGAUGAUACAGAGACAGUCUCACAGAAGGUACAGUUCAAAUUGCAUAUGCAUAUUUUAUGAUGCACAUUUAGCCUAUAGUUUCUUCAGAGCUUUCUAUGUUUGAAUACUUAAAAAAAAAAAGUGAGCACACACUUUCUCUUACCUGUCAAUUCAUGACAUCUGCUCCACACAUGCCUUCACCCUUUGAAAGGCAUCACAUAGAGAAGCUUGAUCUAUAUCUGCAUUAUUUUGCACUGUGAAAUGUAUGAGUUCAGUCUGUUGUACACGUUUUGUGUUGGCACCAGAGCUGUAACCACAAUAGACACAAACUUUAACAUUUGGUUCCCCCAUCUUGAACAUUUGGUGAAAUCCUUGGUUGGCAUCACUGUUUUCAUUGUUAAAUAGAUGUUUUUGUAAUGGUGUGUGGGUUCUCGUGGAUAGAUGAGGGAUUAGUUCAGCAUCUGUGUAUUAUUGUGUUUACAUGUUUAAACCUUACACUGUUUAUCUAUAAAUGUUUCAGAACUGUUUUGAUGUACAUUAGGAUACUUUUGCCUAAACUUUUGCCUGUUUGUCUUUCUGCUCCAUCUUGUGAUACUGAGAUAUAUUACCACUUACAAGACUUAAUUCAUGGUAUGUAUUUUGUAUCUUUUGAGUGGUAAUUGUACACCAUAGAACUACUUAUAAAUUUGUUCACAAGAAAAUCCAACAUUGCAACUAAUAUGUAAGAAAAUGCAUUUCAUGCAUAAUAUAAGCCACAUAAUCAAAUAAAUAAGUACAUAACACAGUCUCUGAACGACUAUGUGAUUUUGGAGCUAGCAUCAGAUUGCAUGGACCAGUGUUGGG